AUGGCUCCAACCGUCGUUCUCAUCACAGGUGCAAACCGCGGCCUGGGCCUGGGCCUCCUCCAACGCUACCUCGCCCUGCCGAACCACACCGUCAUCGCCGGAAACCGCGACCCGACACACAAGACCUCGAAAGCCCUCUCUGACCUGCCCAAAGCCGAGGGAAGCCGUCUCAUCGUCGUCAAGAUCGACGCCGCGAUAGAACAAGACGCCCACGACGCGGUCAAGGAGCUGCAGGCCUCCCACGGCGUCGACCACUUGGACAUCGUCAUCGCCAACGCCGGCGUAUCCUACGUCUGGCCCACCGCCGCCGACCUCAAGAUCUCGGAUCUGAAGGGCCACAUCGAGCCCAAUGUUUACGGCGUCAUCUCACUCUUCCAGGCCACGCGACCUCUGCUGAAGAAGUCGGCGCGAGAACCCAUCUUCACGCCCAUGGGGUCUACGGCGGGCUGUGUGGAGAACCAGCCGCCCAUUACCAACAGCGCCUAUGGGCCGUCGAAGGCGGCGGUCAACUGGUUCGGUGUCAGAAUCAACGCCGAGGAGGAUUGGCUCCACGCGUUCGUCCUGUGCCCCGGCUGGGUUCAGACGGAUUUGGGAAAUACGGGCGCGCAGUAUUUUGGAUUGGAAAAGGCAUCUGUCACUGUCGAUGAGUCUUGCGAUGGCAUGAUGAAACUCCUUGCGACGACCACGAAGGAGAAGCAUGGAGGGAAGAUGGUGUCAUACGAGGGUAACAUUGAGGGUUACUAA